CCAAAGGGCAACAGUCCUGGGGACAAAGAUAAUGAACCAAAGGGCAACAGUCCUGGGGUCAAAGAUAAUAAAUCCAAUAAUGAACCAAAGGGCAACAGUCCUGGGGACAAAGAUAAUGAACCAAAGGGCAACAGUCCUGGGGUCAAAGAUAAUGAAUCCAAUAAUGAACCAAAGGGCAACAGUCCUGGGGACAAAGAUAAUGAAUCCAAUAAUGAAACAAAUUGCAACUGUUCUGAGGACGAAGAUAAUGAAUCCAAUAAUGAACCAAAGGGCAACAGUCCUGGGGACAAAGAUGAUACAAAUAAGCACAAACCGAAGCACCACAAAGGAUGCAAACACCACAUAACGGAUAGUGAACAUCCAAGUGGUGACAAGAAUCACAGUUCUGAAAGGAAUGAUGGCUCCAAGGAACCUGAGGGAGGUAGUCCUGUAAAGGGUGGUGAAUCCAAUAAUAAACCAAAGGGCAAAGAUAAUGAAUCCAAUGAUAAACCAAAGGGCAACAGUCCUGGAGACAAGGAUAAUGAACCAAAGGGCAACAGGCCUGGAGACAAAGAUAAUGAACCCAAUGAUCAACCAAAGGCCAACAGUCCUGGGGACAAAGAUAAUGAAUCCAAUAAUGAACCAAAGGGCAACAGUCCUGGGGACAAAGAUGAUACAAAUAAGCACAAACCGAAGCACCACAAAGGAUGCAAACACCACAUAACGGAUAGUGAACAUCCAAGUGGUGACAAGAAUCACAGUUCUGAAAGGAAUGAUGGCUCCAAGGAACCUGAGGGAGGUAGUCCUGUAAAGGGUGGUGAAUCCAAUAAUAAACCAAAGGGCAAAGAUAAUGAAUCCAAUGAUAAACCAAAGGGCAACAGGCCUGGAGACAAGGAUAAUGAACCAAAGGGCAACAGGCCUGGAGACAAAGAUAAUGAACCCAAUAAUCAACCAAAGGCCAACAGUCCUGGGGACAAAGAUAAUGAAUCCAAUAAUCAACCAAAGGGCAACAGUCCUGGAGACAAAGAUAAUGAACCCAAUAAUCAACCAAAGGGCAACAGUCCUGGGGACAAAGGUAAUGAACCCAAUAAUCAACCAAAUGGCAACAGUCCUGGGGACAAAGAUAAUGAACCCAAUAAUCAACCAAAGGGCAACAGUCCUGGGGACAAAGAUAAUGAACCAAAGGGCAACAGUCCUGGAGACAAAGAUAAUGAAUCCAAUAAUAAACCAAAGGGCAACAGUCCUGGGGACAAAGAUAAUGAAUCCAAUAAUGAACCAAAUUGCAACUGUUCUGAGGACGAAGAUAAUGAAUCCAAUAAUGAACCAAAGGGCAACAGUCCUGGGGACAAAGAUGAUACAAAUAAGCACAAACCGAAGCACCACAAAGGAUGCAAACACCACAUAACGGAUAGUGAACAUCCAAGUGGUGACAAGAAUCACAGUUCUGAAAGGAAUGAUGGCUCCAAGGAACCUGAGGGAGGUAGUCCUGGAAAGGGUGGUGAAUCCAAUAAUAAACCAAAGGGCAAAGAUAAUGAAUCCAAUGAUAAACCAAAGGGCAACAGUCCUGGAGACAAGGAUAAUGAACCAAAGGGCAACAGGCCUGGAGACAAAGGUAAUGAACCAAAGGGCAACAGUCCUGGAGACAAAGAUAAUGAACCCAAUAAUCAACCAAAGGGCAACAGUCCUGGGGACAAAGGUAAUGAACCAAAGGGCAACAGUCCUGGAGACAAAGAUAAUGAACCCAAUAAUCAACCAAAGGGCAACAGGCCUGGAGACAAAGGUAAUGAACCAAAGGGCAACAGUCCUGGGGACAAAGAUAAUGAAUCCAAUAAUAAACCAAAGGGCAACAGGCCUGGAGACAAAGAUAAUGAAUCCAAUAAUAAACCAAAGGGCAACAGGCCUGGAGACAAAGAUAAUGAAUCCAAUAAUAAACCAAAGGGCAACAGUCCUGGGGACAAAGGUAAUGAACCAAAGGGCAACAGUCCUGGAGACAAAGAUAAUGAACCCAAUAAUCAACCAAAGGGCAACAGUCCUGGAGACAAAGGUAAUGAACCCAAUAAUCAACCAAAGGGCAACAGUCCUGGGGACAAAGGUAAUGAACCAAAGGGCAACAGUCCUGGAGACAAAGAUAAUGAACCCAAUAAUCAACCAAAGGGCAACAGGCCUGGAGACAAAGAUAAUGAAUCCAAUAAUAAACCAAAGGGCAACAGUCCUGGAGACAAAGGUAAUGAACCCAAUAAUCAACCAAAGGGCAACAGGCCUGGAGACAAAGGUAAUGAACCCAAUAAUGAACCAAAGGGCAACAGUCCUGGGGACAAAGAUGAUACAAAUAAGCACAAACCGAAGCACCACAAAGGAUGCAAACACCACAUAACGGAUAGUGAACAUCCAAGUGGUGACAAGAAUCACAGUUCUGAAAGGAAUGAUGGCUCCAAGGAACCUGAGGGAGGUAGUCCUGGAAAGGGUGGUGAAUCCAAUAAUAAACCAAAGGGCAAAGAUAAUGAAUCCAAUGAUAAACCAAAGGGCAACAGUCCUGGAGACAAGGAUAAUGAACCAAAGGGCAACAGGCCUGGAGACAAAGGUAAUGAACCAAAGGGCAACAGUCCUGGAGACAAAGAUAAUGAACCCAAUAAUCAACCAAAGGGCAACAGUCCUGGGGACAAAGAUGAUACAAAUAAGCACAAACCGAAGCACCACAAAGGAUGCAAACACCACAUAACGGAUAGUGAACAUCCAAGUGGUGACAAGAAUCACAGUUCUGAAAGGAAUGAUGGCUCCAAGGAACCUGAGGGAGGUAGUCCUGGAAAGGGUGGUGAAUCCAAUAAUAAACCAAAGGGCAAAGAUAAUGAAUCCAAUGAUAAACCAAAGGGCAACAGUCCUGGAGACAAGGAUAAUGAACCAAAGGGCAACAGGCCUGGAGACAAAGGUAAUGAACCAAAGGGCAACAGUCCUGGAGACAAAGAUAAUGAACCCAAUAAUCAACCAAAGGGCAACAGUCCUGGAGACAAAGGUAAUGAACCAAAGGGCAACAGGCCUGGGGACAAAGGUAAUGAACCAAAGGCCAACAGUCCUGGGGACAAAGAUGAUACAAAUAAGCACAAACCGAAGCACCACAAAGGAUGCAAACACCACAUAACGGAUAGUGAACAUCCAAGUGGUGACAAGAAUCACAGUUCUGAAAAGAAUGAUGGCUCGAAGAAACCUAAGGGAGACAAUCCUGAAAAGGACGAUGACUCCAAUGACCAUAAAAAGAAUAGUAAUGAAAUUAAAGAUAUCUCCGAUGACGAUACAGACACACAUCCAGUAACUAAUCAUGUAUGUAAACAUCAUCCUCACAAACACAGAGUAACUCACAUUGAAGUUAUUCCAAAACGUAGACAUCCGCAUAAGAGACAUAGAUGUCAUGGUCAUGGUGAACCGUUAUUCGACGAAAAUGUCAGCGAACAGCAAGACACAGGAUCGCACAGCAGUGAACAUAAGAAGGUACGUCACCCUAGAUGCCAUAGAAAAUGUGACGGAGUCAACUGUGAAAAAUAUAAGGAUGUAAAUGGUACCGAAGGUAACAGCACACACCCUGAUGAUUAUUCUAGUGCACCAAACAAGAAGCCUGAAGACAGUGCAGAAGGUAGUGGUAAGAAGACCAGCGAAGAAGUAAAUGUAUCUCCGGAACAGAAGAAUGGUGGUGAGAAUCCAAUUAAAGAUACUUCAAGUCCAGAUAUAGAGUCUGAUGAAAAUAGAUCACUACCACAUAAGCAUGUCCACAAACGCAGUGCAGAAAAGAAAUGCAAGAAGAGACACCAUCAUCCAUCAUAUUCUGAAGAUGAUUCUUCUAACUCUAGCAGUGAUAGCAGUGACAGCUCUCUAUCAGACAGCUCUGAUCAAAGUGACGAAACAAGUGAAUAUGUCAGUACAAGAAAGGAAUGCACGAAAAGCCAUCAUCAUAAGCAUCAUAUAAAACCUGAUGACGAUAACACAACUAAACCUCACGAUACUGAUGAUGCUGAUGGUGAUAAUGAUGGUGACGAUAACACAACUAAACCUGGCGAUGCUGAUGGUGCUGAUGGUGAUAAUGAUGGUGAUGAUGACACAACUAAACCUGGCGAUGCUGAUGGUGAUGCUGAUGGUGAUGAUGACACAACUAAACCUGGCGAUGCUGAUGGUGAUGCUGAUGGUGAUAAUUAUGAUAACGAGGACACAAUCGAACCUGACAACACUGAAAGCGAUGAGUCUAGUCAAAGUUCCGAUUCAAUCGACAUUAUAGGAACUAGCGGUAGCGAUAGUGGAAGCAAAAGUUUCGAAUUAAGCCAAAGCUACGAUUCGAGCGAAAGCAAUAAUAUCAGCGAAAGCGACGAGUCCAGUUUAAGCUUUGAAAGUAACGACAGCGAUUCGGAUAGCAAUAGCGAUAGUGAUAGCAAUUCUUCCAGCAAUAGCGAAUCGUUUAGCUACAGUGGUAGCUCUUCAUCAAGCGACAGUGGUAGCUCUUCAUCAAGCGACAGUGAUGAAAGCUCUGAUAGCCAAUCAACUGAUGAAGAUUCUACUGAUGAUCAUAAUGCAAAGAACAUUUAUGAAAAAUCCAGUGAUACUGAGGAAAGCGAGGACAGUGAUGAAUCUAGUGACAGCAGCGAUUCCAGCUCAAGCGACAGUGACAGCUCUCUAUCAGACAGCUCUGAUCAAAGUGACGAAACAAGUGAAUCUGUCAGUGCAAGAAAGGAAUGCACGAAAAGCCAUCAUCAUCAUAUAAAACCUGAUGACGAUAACACAACUAAACCUGGCGAUGCUGAUGGUGAUGAUGAUGGUGAUGAUGAUGAUGAUGAUGACGCAAGUAAACCUGACUAUACUGAUGAUGAUAAUGAUGAUGAGGAUGACACAAUCGAACCUGACAACACUGAAAGCGAUGAGUCUAGUCAAAGUUCCGAUUCAAUCGACAGUAUAGGAACUAGCGGUAGCGAUAGUGGAAGCGAAAGUUUCGAAUCAAGCCAAAGCUACGAUUCGAGCGAAAGCAAUGAUAUCAGCGAAAGCGACGAGUCCAGUUCAAUCUUUGAAACUAGCGACAGCGAUUCGGAUAGCAAUAGCGAUAGCGGUAGCAAUUCUUCCAGCAAUAGCGAAUCGUCUAGCGACAGUGGUAGCUCUUCAUCAAGCGACAGUGAUGAAAGCUCUGAUAGCCAAUCAACUGAUGAAGAUUCCUCUGAUGAACAUGAUGAUACUGUUAAAAGAAGAUGUAUUAGCACUUGUGCAGUAUGUGGCAAAAAAGGGCACACGAUCAUUGAUGUAGAUAAUAACAGCAAUACUGAAAACGAGCCAUCAGGAGACACAAGUGAACAUAAACAACCUGGUAAUGGGAAGAAAUGUCAUAGGAAACAUCGUAAAGAAGACAAUACUAAGGACACUGAAAACAGCGACUCUUCUGACGUAAAAACUACGUCUUCUGAAAGUGCAGAUGGUAAGAAUCAUCUGAAAAAGCGGCAUGGAAGAAAUGGUAGGAUUGAUAAAACAAAAAUACAUAAAAGAUCAACUGAUACGAAAGGGCCUAAAGAUAAGUCAGGCGAUUCGAAUGAAAACGAGAAUGAGAAGGAAAAAGAUAUAAAUAAAGAGAAAGAUGAUAAAAACCAAGGCAAUAACCAGUGUGGUUGCAAGAAAACUAACGAUGAAACUAAAGACACUAAUACUAAAGGCGAACAUAAGAAAAAGAUAGUCUCACAUACAAUCACUAGACGCAAAAGAUCGAUACAUACUUCAAACAAAACGCACAGAUCCAAAAAACGUAUCAUAAGACGCUCACAAGGCAACGAAGUUGUUGAAAGUCAAGAAACGGAGACUCAUACCGCGGCAGCCAAGAAAUCAGAACUAAGCACAGUCGACAAAGAUGUAGGGGGUACACACUACAGCCAAGCCCGUCAGAAUACAGAAGAGCAGAAACAAGAAGGAAAGUCCUACCACGACUCAAAAACAGAACGAGAUGCCAAAGGAUCAGUUAAAAAGGAAACGGUAGAUGAAAAGCAGGAACAUGGAGAGUCCAAAGCAGAGAAAUACGAGAAAGACUCCGUAAAAAGUGAGAAUGAGAAUACAGAAAUAGAAAGAAGGGAUAAGCAGGAAAGUGAAUAUGAUUUGUGCUAUAAGAAUAAAGAGGUUUGUGAAGAUUAAUCUUAAAAAUUAGAUACAUAAGUUUAAAGGUACUUUUAAUUUGGCCCUUCUUUAAUAUAUCGCCAAUCUGGUCUCUAUAAGAUUUUGUAACAAGAA